AUGUCUAUGAUUACCACUUCCGCUUGGGUGCGGCGCGGAGUCGCUGCUCAGUUCCCUACGAAAUAUGAGAUCAAUGAGGAGGAAAUGGAUCGCAUAUCGAAGCUUGCGCGUAUGCAGCUUGAAGAGGCGCAGGGUGAUUUGAAGGCUGCGCAGGAGGAUGAGGAGAUGGAGGAGGAUAAGAAGGAGG